AUGAGAAAUAAAAAACCGGGAUACUUUGGACAUGCCAAGAUGAGACAGGAAUCUGAAGCCAAUAAGAAUUGUGAUGAAAAUAACGGAGGAGAAAAGAGUUGGAGAGAAGGUCCGAAAAAGAGGUGGUUGGAUGCGAUUGAAAAUGAUAUGAGCACGGCGUAUGCAUGCGAGGCCGAUUUGAGAGAUCAGGUCAAAAGAAAGUUUGGGACGAGUGUGGCUGACCCCAAAUCGUUGGGAUGA